CAGUGUUGUGACCUGGGAUACCACGCUAGCCUCAACAGAGCUCUCAGGACAUUCUUGUCUGCUGAGCUGAACCUGGAGCAGUCAAAGCACGAGGGUCUGGACGCCAUCGAAAACGCCGUGGAGAACCUGGAUGCCAACAGUGAUAAGCAGCGCCUGAUGGAGAUGUACAACAAUGUCUUCUGUCCCCCCAUGAAGUUCGAGUUUCAGCCCCAUAUGGGUGACAUGGAGUCGCAGCUAUGUGCCCAGCAGCCCGUCCAGAGCGAGUUAGUGCAGAGGUGCCAGCAAUUGCAGUCUAGAUUGUCUACCCUUAAGAUUGAAAACGAGGAGGUUAAGAAGACUAUGGAAGCUACGCUCCAGACGAUCCAGGAUAUCGUCACGAUAGAGGACUUUGAUGUCUCUGACUGCUUUCAGUACAGCAACUCAAUGGAGUCUGUUAAAUCCACGGUCUCGGAAACGUUUAUGAGCAAACCGAGCAUCGCCAAGAGACGGGCCAACCAGCAGGAGACGGAGCAGUUCUAUUUCACAAAAAUGAAGGAGUAUCUGGAAGGCAGGAACCUGAUAACAAAGCUCCAAGCCAAACAUGACCUCCUUCAGAAGACCCUGGGAGAAAGUCAACGGACUGACUGCUCCCUUGCCAGCGGCAGGCGCAGCUCUACCAUAAGGAAGCAGGAUUCCUCACAAGCCAUUCCCCUGGUCGUGGAGAGCUGCAUACGCUUCAUUAGCAGACACGGUUUGCAGCAUGAAGGGAUAUUCAGAGUGUCUGGGUCACAAGUUGAAGUAAAUGACAUAAAAAAUGCAUUUGAGAGAGGGGAAGAUCCGUUGGCUGGGGACCAGAAUGACCAUGACAUGGAUUCAAUAGCAGGAGUUCUGAAGCUCUAUUUUCGAGGGUUGGAGCACCCUCUCUUCCCCAAGGAUAUCUUUCAUGAUCUGAUUGCUUGUGUCACAAUGGAUAAUUUACAAGAGAGAGCGCUCCACGUCCGGAAGGUGCUUCUGAACCUGCCGAAGACCACUCUGAUCAUCAUGAGAUACCUCUUUGCAUUCCUCAAUCAUUUGUCUCAGUUCAGCGAAGAGAACAUGAUGGAUCCCUACAACUUAGCCAUCUGCUUUGGGCCAACGCUGAUGUCUGUGCCCGAAGGUCACGAUCAAGUCUCUUGCCAAGCUCACGUCAAUGAAUUGAUCAAAACCAUCAUCAUCCAACAUGAGAACAUCUUCCCAGGACCACGGGAGCUGGAGGGUCCAGUCUACAGCAGAGGUGGCAACACCGAGGAUUACUGCGAAAGUCCUCAUGGAGAGAGAGCCUCCACGGAAGACUCGGUUCAGGACGUUACGGCUGAACACCACACCAGCGAUGACGAGUGUGAGCCCAUAGAAGCGAUAGCGAAGUUCGACUACAUUGGCAGGACUGCACGAGAGCUGUCCUUUAAAAAAGGAGCUUCUCUCUUACUCUAUCAGCGGGCCUCAGAUGACUGGUGGGAGGGACGCCACAAUGGAAUUGACGGCCUUAUUCCUCAUCAGUAUAUCGUCGUCCAAGACACUGAGGAUGGUGUCUCUGAAAGAUCCAGUCCGAAGUCUGAAAUAGAAAUAAAUUCUGAGCCACCGGAAGAAAAGGUGACUGCUAGAGCUGGUGCCAGUUGCCCAAGCGGGGGUCACGUCGCAGAUAUUUACCUUGCAAACAUCAACAAGCAAAGAAAGAAACCAGAGUCAGGCAGCAUCAGAAGAGCCUUCCGUCAAAGUGACAGCCACGGACUAGGUAGUUCAAUGGCAGAACCAGCCUCCCCAGGAGCCAUAGCCGGUUCCAGACCCUCAUCUCAGCCCAUUAUGAGCCAAAGUCUUCCCAAGGAGGUUCCAGAUAAAUGCUCCAUCAGUGGCCACGGCAGCCUCAAUUCUAUCAGCCGACACUCGUCUCUGAAGAACAGGAUAGACAGCCCGCAGAUCCGGAAAACGGUGACAGCAGGGAGGUCCAAGAGCUUCAACAACCAUCGGCCGAUGGACCCUGAAGUUAUUGCACAGGAUAUCGAAGCUACUAUGAACUCUGCUCUGAACGAGCUGCGCGAGCUGGAAAGGCAAAGCAGCGUCAAGCACACGCCAGAUGUUGUCCUCGACACUCUGGAGCCUUUGAAAACGUCUCCGGUGGUGGCCCCCACCUCUGAACCUUCCAGCCCUCUGCACACUCAGAUCCUCAAGGACACUGAACCAGCUUUCCAGCGCAGCGCCAGCACGGCCGGCGACAUACCGUGCACCUUCAGGCCAGUCAAGUCGGUCAAAAUGGCCACCCAGGUGAAACCUCCGGCGACUCGGCCCAAGCCUACGGUGUUCCCCAAAACGAACGCCGCGAGCCCUGGCGUCGCCUCCUCCGCCUCUCAGCAGCCUGCUGACAAGUCCUGUACUGUCUGA